AGAGAGCAUCGUUAUAUAUAUAUAUAUGUUACUGGAGUUAAAUCAGCGUCACAUGUGCUGAUAGACGUUAUAUUUUCUUAUUUAAGUUCAUCAUUUAUAUUUUAUAAUUUUGAUGCUGUGUUAUUUGUCAAUGUAUUCUAUUUUUUUUAGUACCAGUAACUUGUUUGAAGUUUUAAUAAAUUAGAAAAAAUAAGGGAAUUGUAUAGUUAAAUAUGUUCUGUAAAUUAUUUAGUUUCCUUUUACUUAUUUCGAGUGCCAUGGGAAGACCAAACUUCUUGUUUAUAAUUGUUGAUGACUUGAGACCAGCAUUAGGAUGCUAUGGAGAUAAAAAUGCAUACACACCAAAUAUUGACGCUUUGUCAAAGAAGAGUAUAAUAUUCACUCAAGCAUUUGCACAGCAAUCUCUAUGUGCUCCAAGUCGUAAUUCUAUUUUAACUGGCAGACGACCAGAUACACUUCAUCUUUACGAUUUUUAUAGCUAUUGGCGUAAAGACGUUGGGAAUUUUACAACAUUGCCUCAGCAUUUAAAAAAUAAUGGCUAUAUCACCAUGUCAAUUGGAAAAGUAUUUCAUCCAGGAAUAAGUUCCAAUUGUUCUGAUGAUAGUCCUUAUUCAUGGACAGAGAAACCAUUUCAUCCUUUUACAGAUAGAUACAAAGAUGCUCCGAUUUGUCAGAAUAAUGUAAAUGAGUCCUCAGCAAAAAAUCUAAUUUGUCCGGUUCAACUAUCUCUUAUUCCAAAUAAUACACUUCCUGAUAUUGAAUCAUUAAAUGCAGCCAAGUCUUUUUUACAAUCUCACGCUCAGAAAAUAUCUCCUUUUUUCUUAGCUGUUGGAUUCCAAAAACCUCAUAUACCUCUUAAAUAUCCAAAGGAAUUUAUAAAGUACCAUCCAUUGGAUAAAUUCUCAGUUCCUGAGAACUACGAAUGGCCAAUAAAUGUCAGUUCCGUUGCCUAUAAUCCCUGGACGGAUCUCCGAAUUCGAGAGGACGUGAAAGCUUUGCAUCUGAAAUUUCCUUGGGAAAAAAUUCCAUUUAAUUUUGCAAAAAGAAUUAUACAAUCAUAUUACGCUGCCGUAACUUACAUUGAUCAUCUAAUUGGAAGACUUCUGGAAGAAUUAAGAAAACAUAAAUUAAAAGAAAAUACUGUUAUUAUUCUUACUUCUGAUCAUGGUUGGUCAUUAGGUGAACAUUCAGAGUGGGCGAAAUAUAGUAAUUUUGAAGUAGCUCUCAAAGUUCCUUUACUUGUAUCCAUUCCAUAUACAAUUAGGAAUCAACAAAUAGCUUUAAAAUACUUAAAUGGUUCUCAAAAAAAUUCAGUGUCAAUAAAAAGAAAAUAUUGUAAUAGGAGAAACGAAUUAGUCGAGUUAGUGGACUUAUUUCCAACAAUUGCAGAUUUAGCUGAUAUACCUAUUCAAACUUGUCAUAAUUUGGCUGAAGGAACCGAAUCAAAUCUUUGCAGCGAAGGUUAUUCCAUGUUACCACUUAUAGAAGCAUCUAAAGAUUGUAAGAAACUAUCCUGGAAGAAGGCGGCUUUUAGUCAAUAUCCAAGACCAGGCAUAGAACCAACUUUAAAUCCAAACAGUGAUAAGCCACAUUUGAAAGAAAUUAAUAUUAUGGGCUACACAAUACGAACAAAACGUUUUCGAUAUAAUGCUUGGACUUCUUUCUCAUCUGAUAAUUUUCAACCAAAUUGGAAAACAAUUUUAGCUGAAGAAUUGUAUGAUCACAUGAGUGAUCCUAGUGAAACUAGAAAUCAAAUUUUACUGCCUGAAUUUGAUAAAAUUAAAAAAAGACUUAGAAAAUUAUUACAGGCUGGUUGGAGAGAAGCUUUACCAAACUAUAAAGAUGGAAAUUAUACGAACUUUGAAAUACACUAAAAUUUUUAAUAAGUUAAUACAGACACUGUAUAUUGAGUUUUCAAA